CCGGGCGUCGCGAUGAACAUCGUGGUGGAGUUCUUCGUGGUCACUUUCAAAGUGCUCUGGGCGUUCGUGCUGGCCGCGGCGCGCUGGCUGGUGCGGCCCAAGGAGAAGAGCGUGGCCGGCCAGGUGUGCCUCAUCACGGGCGCCGGCAGCGGCCUGGGCCGCCUCUUCGCGCUCGAGUUCGCCCGGCGCCGGGCGCUGCUGGUGCUCUGGGACAUCAAUACUCAGAGCAACGAGGAGACGGCGGGCAUGGUGCGCCACAUCUACCGAGACCUGGAGGCGGCCGACGCCGCGGCGCUGCAAGCUGGAAAUGGUGAGGAAGAAAUUCUGCCCCACUGUAACUUGCAGGUUUUUACCUACACCUGUGAUGUGGGAAAGAGGGAGAAUGUCUACCUGACUGCAGAAAGGGUCCGCAAGGAGGUUGGCGAAGUCUCAGUCCUGGUCAAUAAUGCCGGCGUGGUCUCUGGGCAUCACCUUCUGGAAUGUCCUGAUGAGCUCAUUGAGAGAACCAUGAUGGUCAAUUGCCACGCACACUUCUGGACCACUAAGGCUUUUCUUCCUACAAUGCUGGAGAUUAAUCAUGGUCAUAUUGUGACAGUUGCAAGUUCCCUGGGAUUGUUCAGUACUGCUGGAGUUGAGGAUUAUUGUGCCAGUAAAUUUGGAGUGGUGGGUUUUCAUGAAUCCCUGAGCCAUGAGUUAAAGGCUGCUGAAAAGGAUGGAAUUAAAACAACGUUGGUUUGCCCUUACCUUGUAGACACGGGCAUGUUCAGAGGCUGCCGAAUCAGGAAAGAAAUUGAGCCUUUUCUGCCCCCUCUGAAGCCGGAUUACUGUGUGAAGCAGGCCAUGAAGGCCAUCCUCACCGACCAGCCCAUGAUCUGCACCCCCCGCCUCAUGUACAUCGUGACGUUCAUGAAGAGCAUCCUCCCUUUUGAAGCAGUUGUGUGCAUGUAUCGGUUCCUAGGAGCAGACAAGUGUAUGUACCCAUUUAUCGCUCAAAGAAAACAAGCCACAAACAAUAAUGAAGCAAAAAAUGGAAUCUGAGAAUCCAUCUUUUUUGUAUGGAAUAUCAUUUCUAUCAGAAGACGAUCAAGGUAUUUCAGUCCUAUCUACAUCAGCAUUAUUGACAUUCUCUGGAUUCCAAAUCCAUGUUGACUUUUUUUUAAAUCAACUUUUUAAAAAAUAAAUAAAGUGUAAAUUAACCGACUAGAAUACUUGGAAAAUGUGAUCAGCAAAAGUGAGCUUACCUUGUUGCCAGCAGGCUCCUUUUCGGCCGAACCCUAAAACCUGUCAAAUCUUUUAGACAAGCACUGUGUGACAUCUCCAGGCUACCAUUAUUUUUUUUAAUGAGCAGAAAGUCUAGAGAUGAUAACAACAGUGUGUUUCAGCCGUGUGGGUUUUUUUUUUAAUCUCCAUGGAGUUUAUUAAUUCUUGUAAUUAAACUCUAGCCAAUUGACGCCCUUGCAACUUCAAGGACUGAUAGUGCUCUAUUUUCUCAUGUUUUAUAAGUUUCAGUUUUGCAAAGCCUGUGUGGCUUUUCGUGGUGUUUGUGUGUACAGCUCUUUUGAAAAGGAAUUUUGAAAUCUCCACCAAUUUGAAGUAAAUGAUGUUUGAUUAUUACAGUAAAGGUGAUCAGGUCUCUUUCUUAAAGUCAUAAUGACUGAAGUGUUAGCCGGAUUUUUAAUUUUAUCUCUGAAAUCUUCCCUUAAGGAUCUAUUACUCUGGAGACCUAGUUAUCCACAAAGGUCAUACAUUUUCUACCUGUGAAUUUUGCUGCAUACAGAAAGUGCCCUUUCCUCAGGAAGUUGCUGUGUUUCAUUUCUCUGAGUGGACUUUUAUCUAGAAUACAUAGCAGCUCUGCAAAGAAACAGUUCCUAAAAUUGGGAACUUCCGCAUUAAAAAAAAAGUCCCCAUUUUUGUGCCAACUAUGAUUACUGAGGGGGAAAAACCAUAUUCUAUGGAGUACGUAUGGAAGGGUGUAAAGAUUCUUCUGAAAGUUUUAUUCACAUUGUAGAACAGCAAUUGACAUUUUUACAGUAUUUUUUUGUAAAGCAAACUAUUUUGUGCCUUGAAUUUGGUAAAUGUGUAUUAGUGAAAUGUUGUUAAAGUGGACCUCUACCUCUGUAUCUAAAUGUAUACCAUCCACUUGUAAAUUACUAUAAACUAUUAUGUGAUUGCCUUUUUUUUUUUUAGAAUGUCUUGUUUAAAUAGCGACCAAUGUUUAAGGCUAUUAAAAUAAGCCAUCUUUUACUAAUUAAUUGGGACGUUUUAUAAAGGACUGAUUAAAUUUAAAGAAUUAACCUA